AUUUAUAACUUUAUUUUCCACAACACUUGUAAUUGCAUAGGCCAAUAGUGUUCUUCCUUGGUUAUUGAGUUUAAUCAUUCAGUUCACAAUGGAAAUGGCGACCUCCUCCAUCUUAGCCUCAAAUUUCAAAUUCACACUCUCUUCAAAUAAUACUAAGUAUCUGUCUAUGUUUGAUGGUUUGAGACACCAACACCCAAAUGGUUCUUCAUUCAACAAAUGUCUCCAAUAUAAAUCUUUGUCUACUAAGAUGGUGGCAAAUACAACAAAGAUAGCUUCUGAUAUGUAUGUUGGAAGAAACACAAGUGUGAGAAUCAAUAGCAAGUUGUACACAAACUUAGAUUCUUGUCUUGUGAUUCCACCACCUACUUCAAAUCCUAGGGCUAUAAUCAAAUUCCUUGGUGGUGCCUUCAUUGGUGCUAUUCCUGAACUUACUUAUGGCUAUCUACUAGAGUUUUUGGCAAAGGAAGGUUUUCUUGUUGUGGUGGUGCCUUACAAUGUGACAUUUGAUCAUUCUCAAGCUGCUAAACAAGUAUAUGAGAGAUUUCAUACUUGUUUGGAUACAAUCCUCACAUAUGGGUUGCCUCAAGCCAAUUUGUCACCUGCUCAGCUUGUAGACCUUCCUCUUUUCUCAGUUGGCCAUAGCAAUGGUGCACUUCUUCAACUACUCACAGGAAGCUUAUUUUCUGAGAAACUACCCAAGGCUAAUGCCGUAAUUGCUUACAACAACAGACCAGCAACAGAAGCAGUCCCUUACUUUGAGCAGUUGGGUCCUGCAGUCAGCCAGCUGAUGCCGGUUGUCGUAGCAAAUCCUAUUUACUCAAUAGCUAGAAAUGCACCAGGAGAUGCAUGGAAGAUGAUGCUGGAUGCUGUUGGAUCAGUUCUGCAGGAUAGUGAACAGGAAGUUUUGAAUUCUCUAACUAAAUUUGUUGAUCAGCUUCCUUUAGUAAUGAAUGAGGUUUCACAAGGAGUCUCAGAGUUCAAGCCAACACCAUCUGAAAAUCGCGAUUGCUUUAAAAGUUCAUACAAUGUCAAACACACAUUAUUGGUGAAAUUCAAUUUCGACACAAUCGAUGAGACAAAUAUUCUUGAAGAAACACUCAAGCCUCGUGUGGAGUCAUUUGGCGGGACGGUAGAAAAAGUAGAAUUGAGUGGUAAUCACAUCACACCAUGCAUCCAGGAACCAAGAUGGGAAGUGGGUAAGUUUUAUACUCCAGCAGAUGCUGUUGCUCAAAGGUUCAAAUCUCUUUCUUUGAGUGACACUAGAAUCCUUGCCAGAACCAUUAGUGAUUGGUUCAAACGUUUUGAGGAUUGAAGUGCCAAGGAAGAUUUGCAUUGCAUAAAUAAUGCAAUAUAGUUUUGGCUAUUAGAAACUUUGAAUAUGGAGGUGAUAAUUGAAGAUCAUCCACUUACAUGAUAUAUAUGUGCAUUGAUGAGUCAAGAAUGUAGAAAAUAACUGACUGAGACACAAUAAUCCAACACAAAUAUAUUCAUCUAUCUUGCUUUUAUUUUUUAUCA